AUGGCUAAUCGGGAUAACCGUUUUUCCGUGUACGUGGGCAAUCUGCCACCAACCACUAUACAAGGACAUUUCGAGGAUAUAUUCCCCGGGUGUAAAUGGCUCGGUGAACAUCGAAUUCGUGUAAACCACGCUCAAGACCGCCCACGUGGUCGCGGCGGAGGUGCUGGUCAGCGCGGGGGUUUCUCUCGUGGAGCAAGAAACGGCUACGGCAGAGAAGGUUUUGGUCAACCAAAGGUCAAUCAGGACAGUUGGUCCUCUCGAGGACGUCCCAGUAUGAACAACGGUGGACGUUUCGGUGCUCGAGGUGGAGGAAUGGCUGGUCGCGGCCGACAAAGCUUUCAGUUACCAGGAGCAUCGCGAGAUGUUUUGCCAAAACCCACGUUGGAUACAGGCGAUGCCAACAGCAAUAGUUCUGGCGAAGGAGUGCAUCGACUGAAUUUGAAACCACGUACAUUACCGUUGGAGUCUCGGGAGGUUCGUGAGCUUUCUGAACGUGCGAAAGCCAUUUUCGGCACUGGUCGUCCCCGUGAAGCCAGUCCAGUGAGAGAAACGACAGUGACCGAGUAA